AUGAACGAAACUGUAAUAGACGGGAGUCCAUAUAUAGAGGAAAUUAUUAAUCCUGAAACUUUCAUGCCUUCAGAAGAAUCUCAAACAAUAAUUACUGAUGAAGAUAUAAUGUAUUAUGACAUGUCGGGCGACAAGUAUCUUGUAAUUUUUAACCACUACGAGUUUGAAAAGACUCGUUACUUUAACUACAGGAAACCAGCAACUAGAAAUGGAACAGAAAAAGAUGUUGAAAGGUUAGAAAAAGUUUUUGGAAAAUUAGGAUUCAAAAUUACAACUCACGAUGACUUGAGUCACGGUGAAAUUUUCGACGCUGUUGUAGGAUUUAGCAAACAAAAUCACAAAGCUACGUCGUGCGUGUGUUUCGCUUUUUUGACACACGGUGACAAGUGUGGGGAUUUGUACGCGAGUGACAGACCCUAUCAGUUCCGAGAUAUUACCAUGAUGCUGGAGAGCGGCGACGAUGGACUCGUGGGGAAACCGAAACUGUUCUUCGUUCAGGCGUGUCGUGGUAACUUGGUGGACGCUGGUAGAAGACUUGAGAUUGACGGCAGCGCGGCCUCGUUUGUGAUUCCAACACACGCUGAUUUCCUCGUCUUAUAUUCUACUGUUGAAGAUUAUGUCUCGUUUAGAGAUAGAGACGGUUCCUUCAUGAUACAGGAGCUUUGUAACGUUAUAGAAGAAUAUCAGAAGUCUUGGGAUCUCUUGCACAUGAUAACUCUGUUACAUAGAAGAGUUGCUUAUAACAAAAUAACGUUUGCACCAUCACACCUAGCGAUACACGAGAAGAAACAAAUGCCCGAAACACGUUACUCACUUACAAAGCUACUUAAGUUUUAG